UGAAUUCCAAGAGAUUACCCUCCUUGCCACUGCAUAAACCGACGCCGAACAGGCAACUGCAGCCCCACUCCUCUGUCAAUCUGUCACCCGUCUACUGCAGACCUCCGCCCGACCGCCCGUGGCGCGCCGCCCUCCGCGCCUCGAUCCAGAUCCAGGAGGCACGAUAAGCAUUAUGGAUGUUGAGAAUGAUAAAGAUGGUAAUCAUUUCCAGGAAAGUGCCCUACCAUAUGAAGAUAGAAUGAAUUCAGGAGGAAACAAUAUAGAAAUUCUAACAAGAGUAGAGCUUGAACUUCCAUUUGCCUCCGAAAAAUUACUAAAUUUGGAGAUGCUAGUUAUGGAAAUAGCUCAUCGAGCUACUGAUCUUGAGCCGAUUACAUUUGAUAAUGAAUCUGUCUCUUCUGAGACUGCUGAGAAUGCUUUUGAGUUGGACAUGUUGUAUGGCAUUCUUGAUGCAGAAGUCAAGGAGUUAGAUAACUUGAUUAGUUCUCUUCAGACUGAUAUUAAGAGUAUUGAGCAUAAAGUUUAUGAAGAAUCUGGAGGCAAGGUUAAAGCUAAGUUGGAUGCUGCUAUGGUGUCUUUGAAGCAGAUGCGAGAGCUAAUUGCUAACAUUAGAAACGAGUCUGCAAAGUUUGAGAAACCCAUAGAGUUUUCACACGAUAAGGAAGGGACGAUUGAAGGUGUUAGAUGUGAAAGUGGCCAUCUUUCAUACCAAAGUGAUCUGCAGACCGACGAUCAGCGUAGAAGUGUUUUGCAUAUGUUGGAACAAUCCAUAGCAAGUGAGCUAGAUCUUGAAAAACAGCUCUCUGAUUCAAGAUCUGUCAUAGAAAACCUCAAACUGAAGCUUAAUAAUCAUGAACAGGAAACAUAUUUCCUAGAGGAAUCAGCUGAAACAAUUUCUAGUAGAAUGUUUGCAGCAGAAAAUGCUUCUGAGCUACUCCUGGGAACUUCAAAGGAACUUAUAAAUAGGCUUAACACCAUGCAGUUCCAUUUAAAUUCACUAAAAUGUAGGGAAGAUGAUCUUAAGGUGAAAUUAGAGCAAAGUUUGACAAAGCUGUCUUUUCUGGAAGUUAGCCGAGAGAAUAUGCAGGAAGAGAGUGACAAAGUGGGAGGAGAAUCACCAUCAUUGCGGGAUAAGGUCCAGGAAUUAGAAAAACAGUUGAGAGAAUCCAAUUCACAACUGCAAUUGGCAAAGGCAUCAACAGAAGCAAGUCAGGAAGAGCAGAAUGCUCUGCACUCUGAACUAAGCACAUUGGAAAAUAUAAUUAAGAAUCUCAAAGAUGAUAUCUCGCGAGCAGAAAGUAGAGCGCAGAAUGCUGAAAUAAGGUGUAUGCAGCUAACUCAAGCUAAUAUAGAACUUGAUGGGGAGCUAACUGCUCUUAAAAGUCAAAAAUCAGAUAAGGUUAGCCUUUUGGAGAAGAAAUUUAAGGAGUCGAAUACCCAAUUAGAGCAUGCAAAGGCAUCAGUUGAUGCCAUUGUUGAACAGCAGAGUAUGCUGAAAUCUACGAUGUCUGACAUGGAACAUAUGAUUGACGAUCUGAAGGGCAAGGUUUCAAAAGCUGAAACUAGAGCUGGUAAUGCUGAAUCAAAGUGUACAUUGUUAACAGACACAAAUUUAGAACUAAGUGAAGAGCUAUCCUUUCUGAGAGGUCGAGUAGAAUGUCUAGAAAAUUCAUUACGUGAAGCCAACCAUGUGAAGAUGUCUACUGCCAAGGACAUUGGAAUUAGAACUAAAAUUAUAACUGACUUGGUCACAAAACUGGCAUUGGAAAGAGAACGACUUCAUCUUCAGAUUGCUAUGUUAACAAAGAAGAACAAGAUAUUGGCUCAAAAGUGCAAAGAGACUGUUAAGGAUAGCACACAAUUGAGCCAAAAGGCUAUUAGCAAGCACACUGAACUUCAGUCCACUGAAAUAGCUGAGGAAAUAUCUCCAGAUUUUUUGUCAUCACAAACUGAGGCGGAGAAACAAGCAGAUCAGCUCAACAAUGAUGAAGGUAAGACGCACAUUCCAGCAGAGGAUGACUCAACUUCAGAGGACAGUCUUGAGACAGUUCGGGCCAUAGAGCCACGUCUGCUCAACCAGAAGUCUAUUGCCGUGGCAUUUAUAGUCUUCUUGUUGGCUGCUAUCCUCGUAUAUGUGCUGCUCGAAGGUGGCAGCACAGCAUGAUCAGCUAAUUUAUGCCAGUGCAAUCUCUAGUGUCAGAUGACAGUUAACUCAUCGAUGUACAACUAUUUACAUAUCAUGUUUUCUCCUUUUCUUUUGUCUUUUCUAUCUGUUGCGAUGGGCAAUUUUUUGUGUUGUACAUGUUGUAGAUUUGUGCUAGUGCCUUCAGCUUUGACCUGAACUUUGUGAUUAUGCAUAUGGCAGCGGCCCUUUUACUGUUUUUCUGUGGAGAAAAAUAAUGCAUGGCGAGGGAUAUUUUUGGGGUGUUUA